UUGGCAGAAAAUCAUAACGCUCAAGCACAAUUUAUUCUGAGUAAAUUCUACGAAUCAUCAAGUUCAACUUUUCUUUAUAAUAAUGGGGCGAUAAAUCUUCGAAGCGAAAAAAUCAAAUUCUUUCAUGGAAUAACAAAUCAAGCAUUUCAGAUUAUACAAUCUUCCCUUCCAGCAAUCAAGGAUGAUUUUACACCUUUACUCGAAAUUACUUCUGGCAAAAGUUCAUUAUUGAAAUGUACUACAACUAACUCAGAAUUAUUCUCGCUAUCACAGGGAAUAAUAAUGGAUCAAGACUCUCAAAAAUUGUUUGAUAAUCACGAAAUAUUCAGUAAUUUAGAAAAAAGCAAUAUUUAUCUGGAAAUUUUAAGCGAACAACUAUCGAUGAUAUUUGAUUUUCAAAAUUUAAAGCCAACAAAAGAUUUACAUUCAGAAAUUCAAGAAGCUUUAAAAUCAUAUAUACCAAUUGAGAAAUUAAAGCUUGUAUUUAAAAAAUUUGGAAAUUAUGUUCAUACAAAAUUAAUAUUUGGAAAUAAAUUACAGAGAAUUAUCUUAAAAGAAGAUAUUAAACGCCAAGAUGGUUCAGCUGAAUUUAAUGAUUUUUCUGAAAUAGAAAAGUGGAAAGAACUAGUUCAACCAUUUGACACUUCUUUUAUGAUUGCAAUGGAUGGUUAUCCCAUAGAACUAAGCCAAAUUCCUAAGUGGCUUGACGUUGUAUCGAAUCAAGAAUCUGAGUGGUAUAUUGUGAAACGCGUCGUUGUGCCAUUAUACAAAAUUCUCGAUGUGAAUCAACAGCACGAGAUCGAAAAUCUUUUUAAAAUGGAAAAUUUUGUUUUAAUGUCCAAUAUAACAUUAUUAUCGGAUUAUAGUUCUGGGUAUCAUCGAAUUGAAUACGACAGUCCAUUGAAAAGUGAUAAUUAUCAAUUAUUUGGUAGUGUUACCUGCGAUGGAGAAAGGCUAGAAAAUAUCUAUGUAAAAUUUAACAUGAAAACCGAAUAUGGAUUUUCAGUGAGUUGGCAUGAUAAAUCAACUUUUGACAGAAAACCUCAUGCGCUUCGGUGGAUAUUAAUCGGUUGUCCGAGUGAGAUCGGGUAUUUUGACCCAAAAACUCGUAAUAUAUCAGUUAUUUUAGGAGUAAAAGAAAUAAAACUUACUGAAACUGUUAAAAUUAAUGUGGAAAAAUCAAAUAUUGUCACAUUCAAUAUUGAAUACGUUUCGAUUCCAACUUCCUCAUUCUUCAGGACAAAUAUUGUAGAAAAGCAAAAAGCUGGAUCUAUUGAAGUAAAAAUUGAAGCAAUUAAAGAGGAAGAGGACACACAGGAAGAGGAAGAGAACGCAGAUGAAGAGGAAGAGGACACAAAGGAAGAGGAAAAGGACACAGAGGAGGGGGAAGUAAUGGAGGAGGAUGUAGAAAAAGAUGCAUCGGUGAUUGAUGAGGAUGACUUUAUUAGAAUUCGAUGGUGCAUAUUAAAUCUUAAGAAACAUUCAGAAAUUAAUGAUUGGAAACAGUUAGGAGAAUGUUUAACUUUCUAG